GUAUGCUGUCACAUCAUAUCAUUAAUUUGCCUGUCCGGACAAACAGGCAGAUAUGAAAUCUACCAAACAAAUGACCUACAUCACUUCUUCAGCGGUGGAACAAGACGGUCACAGCCCGUAAUUGGCGGAGGGGCUGGUGACGUCACGGAAGCAAUGUUUUGAGAAAGAGAAAAGUUAGUCAGUGUGUGGAGACUCUGCUGGAGACUGAACACAGCACAACACACACAGGAGGACGGUUGUUCUUAUCAUCAGUAACUAGUGGAUUUAUCAGCAUCAGCACCAAAGGAAGGACCCAUGAGACAGGCUCAUUCUUUCAUCAGUAAGGUGCAGCUCUGACUGACAUGGCCAUGUCACUGCGCUGUCACAGGACAGUCCUGUUGGGUGUGGCCUUCUGUUUCCUGCCUUGCAUCACUUCCUCCCUCAACCUGGAGGAUCCCAAUGUCUGCAGCCACUGGGAGAGUUACUCUGUGACAGUACAGGAGUCGUACGCUCACCCCUUUGAUCAGAUUUAUUACACCAGCUGCACCGACAUCCUCAACUGGUUCAAGUGCACCAGACACAGGGUGAGCUAUCGGACAGCAUAUCGUCGAGGAGAGAAGACCAUGUACCGGAGAAAGUCCCAGUGCUGCCCAGGCUUCUAUGAGAAUGGAGAGAUCUGUGCUCCUCAUUGUGCAGAGAGCUGCGUUCAUGGCCGUUGUACGGCCCCCAACACCUGCCAGUGUGAACCAGGCUGGGGAGGAUCCAACUGCUCCAGUGCCUGUGACAGUAACCACUGGGGUUCCCACUGCAGUAACAGAUGUCAGUGCCAGAAUGGAGCGCUGUGUAACCCAAUCACUGGAGCCUGUAUUUGCACUCCUGGAUACAGAGGCUGGCGCUGUGAGGCCCAGUGUGAAGUGGGCACCUAUGGUAAUGGAUGCCAGCAGAAAUGCCAAUGCCAGAAUGGAGCCACCUGUCACCAUGUGACUGGAGAAUGCAAAUGCUCACCAGGAUACACAGGAGCUUUCUGUGAAGACUUAUGUCCUCCAGGGAAACAUGGGCAGCAGUGUGAGGAGAGAUGUCCAUGUCAGAAUGGAGGAGUGUGUCACCACGUGACUGGAAAGUGCUCGUGUCCUGCAGGAUGGAUGGGUACAGUGUGCGGCCAACCAUGUCCGGAGGGGAGAUUUGGGCAAAACUGCUCCCAGGAAUGUCAAUGUCACAACAACGGCUUCUGUGUGUCGUCCUCUGGACAGUGUCUCUGCAGCCCUGGAUACACAGGAGAAAGGUGCCAGCAUGAGUGUCCAGUUGGUACUUACGGUGCUGGCUGUGCAAAGACGUGUCGCUGUAAGAACAACAGCAAAUGCAGCCACACCGACGGAAUGUGUCUGUGUGAGCCAGGAUACACAGGAAAGAUAUGUGAAGUCCGACUGUGUCCUGAAGGACACUACGGCCUCCGGUGUGAUAGGAAGUGUCCAUGCUACACCCAGAACACACGCAGCUGCCACCCAAUGUCAGGGGAGUGUACAUGUCAGCCUGGUUCAUCAGGUCUCUACUGCAAUGAGACAUGCACCCCAGGAUUUUAUGGGGAGUCUUGUCAUCAGGUGUGCCAGUGCCAGAAUGGUGCCGACUGCCACAGUGUGACCGGAGAGUGUAUCUGUGCUCCAGGCUUCACGGGUCCCAACUGCUCAGUCCCCUGCUCUGCAGGAACAUAUGGAGUGAACUGCUCCUCCAGCUGUAACUGUAAGAAUAGAGCUCAGUGUUCACCUAUGGACGGAUCCUGCUCCUGUAAACCAGGGUGGCAUGGGGUGGACUGCUCCAUCAACUGUCCCAGUGGUACCUGGGGUCUGGGUUGUAACUUCACCUGUAUGUGUGGGAAUGGAGGAGCAUGUAACGCGUUGGACGGUCUCUGUACCUGUGCUGCAGGCUGGAGAGGAGACAGGUGUGAACUUCACUGCCAGGAUGGUACUUACGGUCUGGACUGUAAAGAACGCUGUGACUGCAGUCAUGCUGAUGGAUGUCACCAUUCUACUGGUCACUGCCACUGCCUGGCUGGAUGGACUGGUAUCCACUGUGACAGUGUGUGUGCAGAGGGCCGUUGGGGCCCAAACUGCUCCCUACCCUGUAACUGUAAGAACGGAGCGUCAUGCUCUCCGGAUGAGGGGACCUGUGAGUGUGCUCCAGGAUACAGAGGCACCACCUGUCAGAGGAUCUGCUCUCCAGGUUACUUUGGUCACCGCUGCAGUCAGACCUGUCCACACUGUGUCCACAGUAACGGGCCAUGUCACCACGUCACAGGACAGUGUGACUGUCUCCCGGGCUUCAAGGGAGCGCUUUGCAAUGAGGUGUGUCCCAGUGGUCGCUUUGGGAAGAACUGUGCCUGGAGCUGCAGCUGCACCAACAAUGGCACCUGUAACCCCAUCGAUGGCUCCUGCCAGUGUUAUCCAGGAUGGAUUGGCAGCGACUGUUCCCAGCCGUGUCCUCCUGGUCAGUGGGGACCCAAUUGUAUCCACACAUGUAACUGUCAUAACGGAGCCUACUGCAGUGCUUAUGAUGGAGAAUGCAAGUGCACUCCAGGAUGGACUGGCCUCUACUGCACACAACGCUGUCCGUUAGGUUUCUAUGGGAAGGACUGUUCUCAGAUCUGCCAGUGUAGGAAUGGAGCUGACUGUGACCACAUCUCUGGACAGUGCACCUGUCGCACCGGCUUCAUGGGACGACACUGUGAACAAAAGUGCCCUCCUGGAUCGUAUGGUUAUGGCUGCCGUCAGGUCUGUGACUGUCUAAACAACUCCACAUGUGAUCACAUGACUGGUACAUGUUACUGCAAUCCAGGCUGGAAGGGAGCUCGCUGUGACCAAGCUGGUGUCGUGGUGGUGGGCAGUCUCAACAGUUUGACCAGUGCAGCAAUGCAGGUGGACACCUACCAGAUUGGAGCCAUUGCAGGAAUCAUUGUCCUGGUGUUGCUGGUGCUCUUUCUCCUCCUCCUCUUCAUCAUCUACAGAAAGAAGCAGAAGGGCAAAGAGCCCACCAUGCCCGCUGUGACCUACACUCCUGCCAUGAGGGUCACUGCAGAUUACACCAUCACAGAUGCACACCCACAAACAUGUGAGGCACAUCCCAGCAACUACUUCUCUAACCCCAGCUACCACACUCUGACCCAGUGCAUCAGCUCCCCACAUGUAAACAAUGGUCCAUAUGGAAAGGCCAAGAACAACCAGCUAUUUGUAAACCUGAAGAAUGUGGAUCAGCGGAAAAUGGCUUCUCUAGCUGAUUACACUGGCACACUGCCUGCAGACUGGAAACAAGGAGACUGCUUCAAUGAACUGGGAGCCUAUGGAGUUGACAGGAGAUACAUGGGGAAAUCUUUACGAGAUCUUGUGAAGGGCACACUCUAUCAUGCCAGCUCCUGUUCCCUCAACAGCUCUGAAAAUCCAUAUGCUACAAUAAAGGAUCCGCCCCUGCUGACAGCCAAAAACACAGAGUGUGGCUAUGUGGAAAUGAAAUCCCCAGCCCGACGCGAUUCACCAUACGCUGAGAUCAGCAACAGCAGCCCAGCCAAUAACCGGAAUGUAUAUGAAGUUGAGCCAACUGUAAGCACCAUCCAGUCGACAGGAGACAGCAGUGGUCACGUACAGUUUGGUCAAGAUCCGUAUGAUCUACCAAAAAACAGCCACAUCCCCUCUCACUAUGACCUCCUGCCAGCCAGAGAGAGUCCAUCCUCAGACCUCAAGGAACUGGACAGUGAAUAAUCUGAGGAUGAUAUAAUUAAAUGCGUUUGGAGUUGAAAAGGGACAAUAUACAUUUUCUGCACCUGCAGCCACAUUUGAACGGCCUCCCCUCCUCAUGUACUAAUGAUGUUCUGGACAAAGAAGAAGCAAUUUGUGAUUUCACUCUGUCAUUAGGAUUUAUGACCACCUGUGAGUUUUUAUUUAGGCUGAAGAAUGCAACUAAAUAUAUAUACCGGGUGGGAUAUGAAUUAAAUAAACGGAUGAAAUGAAUAUGAACACAGUUAUAUCUUCAUCUUGUCUGAUAGUAAACAUCCUCAUUAUCACCAAAUUAACUCUUUCAUCUGUACCAUCAGUCCAAACACAGUUGCUAAUCUUUAUUACUGUGCAAUUUAAAGGGCUCAACAUAUCUAAUAAAAUGCAAGCUUAAGCUGGACUUUGGCUUUUGAAAGGAUAAUUGUACCAGGAACAGUUUACAUUAUUAAUCUGUAAUUGUCAUUGUCAUGUAUCACAAAAAACUGUUGAGAAAAACUUUGCUUAUGAAUGAUUGUAUUUUUCCUUUUUGUCUUUCCUGUAUUCUGAAUGGCCUAAAAUAGCAGUCUUAAGCUAUUCUGAGCCUAUUUGAAAUGUUUGUAAAAUGAUGUAUAGUUUGACCAGUUCUGAUGUAAAAAUAUUAACAUCACCAGGGUCUUAUGUCCAAAAUUUAAAACAGGAACAAAUGUGGCAUUUGGUUUAGCACUGAACAAUGAUGAAAACUGGAAAACUUGAGACUCAUGUCUUCUACGGAUACUUCAUUUCUUUUGUAAUCUUUUUCCUUUCUGCCUAUGUGACCACUAAAUAUGUUUGAUCUGAAAGAAAUGCUUAAGACCAACAAAACUGUUCAAAUGUAUCUUAAUUGAUUCUUUAAUUUUCCAUUUGGAGAAUGGAAGAAUCAUUUACACACAAACUGCCACUGCACAUUUGUUCCCCAAUAAGGUGACAAUAAUUUACCCACUACCAUCAUGUGAUUCUAUCUAUUAUGCUCUUUGGUUUUGUUUUUCAUUAUAGUGCCAUUUGUGCAACAGCUUUGGAAUAAAAUGACAUAAUACGAUUAAAUA